GCACUUUUCUCCGUCCUUGCGGACAGCUUGCUUUCGCCUUGCACCCCAGAUUCUCAUCCUUGGAGGUGGGGGUCCCUCCCCUUCCUCGUCUCAAGCUCCCAAAUUUUGGCAUCGCUCGAGGUGAAUGGCGGGAACCGGAAGUGUGUGCAGCGGCGGCGGGUACCCGGCGAAUCGGGUCCCAGGCGAAUCGCCGGAAGUAACAAUUGCUACGGGAGGUUUCCGCCAGCUUAGCUAUGGCGGCGAUCCCUCCAGACUCCUGGCAGCCGCCCAACGUAUACUUGGAGACCAGCAUGGGGAUCAUCGUGCUGGAGCUGUACUGGAAGCACGCUCCAAAGACUUGUAAGAACUUUGCUGAAUUGGCUCGUCGAGGUUACUACAAUGGCACCAAAUUCCACAGAAUCAUCAAAGACUUCAUGAUCCAGGGAGGUGACCCAACAGGGACAGGUCGAGGUGGUGCAUCUAUCUAUGGCAAGCAGUUUGAAGAUGAACUUCAUCCAGACUUGAAAUUCACAGGGGCUGGAAUUCUCGCAAUGGCCAAUGCCGGGCCAGACACCAACGGCAGCCAGUUCUUUGUGACCCUGGCUCCCACCCAGUGGCUUGACGGCAAGCACACCAUUUUUGGCCGUGUGUGCCAGGGUAUAGGAAUGGUGAAUCGAGUAGGAAUGGUGGAAACAAACUCCCAGGACCGUCCUGUGGACGAUGUGAAGAUCAUUAAGGCAUACCCUUCUGGGUAGACUUGCUGCACUCUUGGGCACACCCAGGUCUUCUGAGAUGGCUCCAGUGAACCAGUUUCCAGAUGACCUAGAAUGACACGUAACUCUAAACUGCAUUUUGGUCUUGCAAAUCUGAGGCGCUGAGGAGGCCUGGGGCCUUGGGUGAGUUAGAGAUGGAAGUGUAUUUUAAUAGGAUGCUUCUUUUCUCUUCCCCAGUGCCUGUGUUGACAGAGCAUUUGCAGAAAUGCCCAUGCGUGAUUGUUCACAGGUUACUGCUCACUGCAAAUGACCCAUACUGCUCCUUCUUGUGUGUAUCUGCUCUAUACACUUGGAACGAAAUGAAGCCAACUCUGUCAUUUCACAGUGCCUAACCAGCCUCUUCUUGCAGAAAUUUAUAUUCUGGGCUACACUGCAGUCUUUGGUGGCUGACAGCUGUAGAAUUCAGAACCAAGUAGUGUCUAUCAGCCUUCUUAACUGUGUGCACCCCCUAUUUCAGUCCUUUGCCUUUGUUCUUCCAGGGAUUGUAUGCAUCCUAUAUAUAUUUUCCCUCUCAAAACCAGAACAUCAACACUGCUGUUUCCGACACUUAGACAUCCCACGCAAAGCCACAUUGAAUUUUUGCCAAGUGAAAAAUGCAUCCAACAAUCAAGUUUCUAAGAAUGUGUCAAGUGGGGAAUGAUAAUGUGUAAUAAUUGAGAAAUUAAUUUAUUAAAAAGAAGCAGAAGCGUUGACCAUUUUUUCCCCAGGAAGGAGUAGAAAUCUAUAGUGAACAUACGGAAAGACUAUGAAUUCUUCUUAAAAAGCAGUAUCCUCAUAAAGGAGAAGCACCACUUAAGUUUUUUUUUUUUUUUUUUGCGGUACGCGGGCCUCUCACUGUUGUGGCCUCUCCCAUUGCGGAGCACAGGCUCCAGACGCGCAGGCUCAGCGGCCGUGGCUCAUGGGCAUAGCUGCUCCGCGGCAUGUGGGAUCUUCCUGGACUGGGGCACGAACCCGUGUCCCUUGCAUCGGCAGGCGGACGCUCAACCACUGCGCCACCAGGGAAGCCCACCACUUAAGUUUUUUAACCUAAGACUUUAGAGAAACUAGAUAAGAGAUUUUAUAUAUAUAUUUUUUAAUCUUUCUGAUUUUUUUAGGGAGGGGGCGGUGAGAGAAAGGAAGUUAAUACCUAUGGAAUACAUAGAACUUCCAAAAUAAAAUGCCAUUGAUGGUUGAAAUCACUGCUGUA